AUGCCCACAGUUUCUAGUCGUCCUGCUGGAAAACAGAAAAAACAACCCUGUCGUUUGGCAGCGGAAGACGAAGACGAAGGACAGGAGCCCUUAUCGAAAGCAGUGCCCCUUUGCGAUGAUGAUAAAAAAUUCAAAAAUCGGCCUUAUUUAGAGCCCGUUCGUAUUCGUGCUCAUUUGAAUACAUUAGCCGAACGAACCUCAACCCGCGGCUCUUAUGCUUGGCCCAGGUUUUAUGCUCCCACAGAAUCGAUGAAAGUCGGAUGGACGUAUCAGAAGACGAGCGUGGCCUUUUAA